CCAACCUUUUUGUGCCAACAAAGGGCCUCUUCUCUCUGUCUCCUCUUUUUCCGUUCAUUCCUUUCUUUCUUCUCCUCCUCCAAAGCAAGAUGGUGGUUUCCUCCGGCGACAGCAUCAGCGGCAUAAGGAUCUCCUCGGUGGUGCCCGCCCACGUCACGGGCGAGAACGUGGUCCACGAGCUCAGCGCCCUGGACCUCGCCAUGAGGCUCCACUACGUGAAGGUCGUCUACUUCUUCAGGAAAGACCAGGUUCAGGGCCUCGACAUCUACCAGCUCAAGAAGCCCAUGUUCAGCUUGCUCGACCUCUACUUCCCGGUGGCCGGCAGGAUCAGGAAGAGCGAGAGCGAGUCUCCCACCGCCGCCGGCACCGGCCCCGGCCCCGCCGUCCCCCCUUUCUACAUCAAGUGCAACGACGGCGGCGUCCGCAUCGUCGAGGCCAAGUGCGCCAUGACGCUCGACGAGUGGCUCAAGUCGGACGAGACCUCCCUCAACUGCAGGCUCGUCGCCCAGCAGGUCAUCGGCCCUCAGAUCGGCUUCUCCCCCCUUGUCUACAUACAGUUUACCACGUUCAAGUGCGGCGGCCUCUCGAUCGGCCUUAGUUGGUCCCACAUCCUUGGUGACGCCUUCUCGGCGAGCGACUUCAUGAACGUAUGGGGAGACAUCCUGGCCGGGAACUCGCCGGGAGAACCGACCCUCAGCUUCUCCAAGCCGGAGAUCCCCAUUGCACGACCGCUCAAGCCGUCCCUACUGCCCGUGAAGCCGGCCACCACCGUCGAAGACCGUUGGGAGAUCGCCAGCGGGGAGACACCUACGGAGCACCGCUCCUUCCGCUUCAGCGGGCCGCAGCUGAGGCAGUUGAGGUCCAAGGUCGGGGAGCGGUUCUCGGCGUUCGAGGCGAUCGCGGCCGUGGCCUGGAAGGCAGCGGCGGCAGCCAGAGGGGAAGGCUCCGUCCGGCGCGUGACCGUGGUCCGCGAGGAUCGGGGCGUUGAGGGAGCUCCGGUCAUCGGGAACGGGCGGCAGAGCGUGAGGGGCGUGGGGAUCGACUUUGACGCGGCGGGAGCGGACUGGGGAGAGCUGGCACGGGCGGUGGCGGAGGGGGGAGCCGACGGGAGGAAGGAGGGGGGAGCCGACGGGAGGAAGGAGAUCGAACGGUGGGUGGAAGGGGAAGGGUACCCGGAGGUAGAGAUGUACGGCGGGGAUUUGACAUUGGUGGAUCUGGAGGGAGUGGGCUGCUACGAUCUGAGGUUGGGGGGAAGAGGGCCGGCACUUGUUGAUUUGUACGUGGAGGGAGUGGGAAAGGAAGGGGCGGUGCUCGUGCUGCCCGGGCCCGAUGAUGAGGAAGGAGGCGGGAGGGUGGUGAGUGUGUGCAUGCCCUCGGAUCAGAUGGACUCCAUGGUGCGCGCGCUCAGGUCGGAGUUGGGCGUCUAGACAGAAAUCGUCCUCCCUUCGCUCACCCUCUGUGUGUGUGUGUGUGUGCGUGCGCCCUUGUUGCAUGAGUACGUCCAGGUAGUCUUUACUCUGUAAGCUGCUCCUGUUUACUUUGUGUGUGUGUGUGUGUGUGCGCGCGCGCGCGUGUGCAUGCACGCUUCCGCUGUCUGGGUGAGUGAAGCAGCAAGCCAACAGCAGUGCUGCCUUCUGUCGAGGCUGUAAACGGAUCGGACAGAAGAGAUUCAAAUGCAUUUUGUUGGAUCUGGUAAA